GCGAUGUGCCCAGCACUCGAUCGAUCACAGAGAGCAAGCCACCUGUCAAUCUUCAGGCAAGCAAGCCGACAAGCAAGGCGACGCAAGCAACAAGGACAAGGGGGUGUUUCACAGUUGCUGUCACCGCUUCCCCACGAACAACGGGUUACGUUACGUCAACAGGCCGCCGUUCCCCUCUUUUGGUGAGGAAUUCCCCAUUUACUUCUUCAUCUUCCAACACUCAGCCAAGCAGGAAAGACCGGUCUCGCUCAAGAGUCGACGUGUUUGGUACUCAUCUUCGCAUUGCGACCCACUGCUCCCAAGAGAAUUCAACACCUCAGCUUGGCUCAGUGCCACCCCACGCACGCAUACAAACGAGCGUACCGACGCAGACGCAUACGCAGACACGCUGCCUUCACCGCGACAUCUGCGAGGCGUUUUUUUUUUUUGUGCCGUGAGCGUGUGCGGCGCCUGGCUGUGGCAUGGCCCAGACGUUUCCUGUUGCUCUCGAGUGUGCGGUGAGGGAACCACCAUCAUCGGCACGCACGGCAGCCACACAGCAGCUGCUACCAGCCACCACGGUCCCUGGCGUCAGAGCAACCGCUGCAACCAACACUUCGAGGCAGGGCAUUUCUGUUGCGCCUGCUAUGAUUGCGGUCGUGCACAGCACAAUGACGGCCGGGCACAGCGAUGGCGAGGAAGGGGGUGUCACGCCGCACCACGAGGAGUCAGUCAAGACGGAGGAGGGACAGGAGGGACAGGAGGGCAAUGCCGGUGGCGGUGACGAUGACCGCAGAGACAACCAACGCAAUCACAACGGAGAGCAAACUGAGGGCGGUGGUUGUAACAGAGGAGUGGGUGAUGCUGGUCAUGACACAGGCGACUGCGCCACCAACAACGACGAUAACGAUGAUGAUGAUGGUGAUGAUGAUGAUGGUGAUGAUGAUGAUGAUGGUGGUGGUGGUGGUGAUGAUGAUGACGAAAACGGGCGUGAAAAUGAGCACGAGGAUGGCAAUGCUGGGCGUGCUGCUGCUGAAGGUGAGGAAAGAGCUACAGUCGCCAAUGGUGGCGGCAACAGCGGCAGCCACGAGAAAGCGGGGAGCGCCCAUGGCGGUGCGACGGAGGAGGUAGCAAAGGAGCAGCAGGUGAUGGCAGCAACGGCAGGGCAGCCAGACGUCAAACAUGGCCCGAAGCACCCAGCGCUGCUGGAAGAGGAAGCGGAUGAUGACGUGGAGAGCGAGAUGAGGAACGUGGCGGCUCUCGCUGACCACGAGGUGCAGCGCAGCGCCGCAGCGGGCUGGACCGCAACCAGCGGCGGUGGCGGCAACACGCAGGCACAACAACAACAACAACAACAACAACAACAACAACAACAACAACAACAACAACAACAACAACAACAACAACAACAACAACAACAACAGCAGCAGCAGCAGCAGCAGCAGGGACCCGGUGAAACGCUGUUAGGGCCCGGUAUGUACCCGCAGGCAGCACCACUGUCACCACAAGCAGGCAUGCCGUGGUGGUGGACGCUCGACCCAAAUAUGCUGACAACAGCCCCAGCACCGCCGACUCCAGCCGACAUACAGAUGCUGCUGAGUGCAACAGCGCCGUAUGCGUGGGUGCUGGCCCCCAUGUGGUCUCCCCAGCAAGGGAACAACACCACCAGCGCCAACAACGGGGUUGCAGCGCCCACGACGACAACGGCCGUGGCUGCCACAACUGCGGCGGCAACUGCAGCAGAGACUGGCCAGCAGGCCGGCGGCCCCGCAGCCAACGUGUCGCCGGCACCAGGUGGUGAUGGCAACCUGAUGCUGGGGCAGCAACUGGCCAUGCAGCAAGCCUCGCCCCUCGUCUCACCAGCAGCAGCAACGGCGGCUGCUGCAACACUCCAAGCAAUACCUGCGUCUGCUUCGGCUGGCGCGUCAGUCAACCCCAUGGCACCACCCGUCCUGCAACAACAACAACAGCAGCAGCAGCAACAACAACAACAGCAGCAGCAGCAACAACAACAACAACAACAGCAGCUGCUGCUGCAGCAGCAACAAUUGCAGCAACAAUUGCAACAGCAGCUGCAACAACAACUGCAACAGCAGCAGCACGCGCGCCAGGCGAUGGGCCACAUGUUGCAGACGCCUGCCGCGUUUCCGGCGGUCAACGGCCUCUUCGUGGGCGGCAUGCUGCCGCAAGAUAUGCCUGCGCCUCCAUUUCUCCUGCCGUUCCACCGCCAGCAGCCGGGCCAACCCUUUGUGCCAUAUCCGCUACAACAAGGCGCGCAGGCAUAUCAUCGCCACGUGCAAGAUGCCCUUUCAAAACUGAGCGCACAACAACAACAGCAGCACCAGCACCAGCAAGAAGAAGAGGGGGAGGGGGAGGAGAAGCAACAACAACAACAACAACAACAACAACAACAACAACAACAACAACAACAACAACAACAGCAGCAGCAGCAGCAGCAACAGCAACAACAACAACAACAACAACAACAACAACAACAGCAGCAGCAGCAGCAGCAGCAGCAGCAGCAGCAACAACAACAACAUCCAGCACUGCAAUCCUCACAGGCACAAACGCAGUUGUUUGGUCACUUUGUCGGGGGAGCACCGCCUGAGGCAUCCCCACAACGGCAGCAAGCUCGGCGGAACCUGUGGCAUCUUGAAAAUGUGCAGCAGCAGCAACAGCACCAGCAGCACCAGCAACUACAGCAGCGGUUGCUUGACCAUGCCUCUGAUGGGCGUCCAACUGGGUUUGCACAGAUGCUGCAGGCCGUGCUGUCCCGCCACCCGUCGGAUGUCACGCCGCCGCCACAGUCACCAACCCACGCACAUGCGCUCGCUGCUCGCCUCGACCACAACGCGUCGCUCAUCCCUGAGCCGCCGACACCGGGCGAGGCGCGCUCCCCGCACCAAGUGCACGUCCACAGGCGCCAGCAACUGGAACAGCUGCGUGAACAGUAUCGCCAGUGGGAACUUGAGCAGCUGCGAGAACAGCAGCGCCAGCGGGAACUGGAACAACACCAACAAGCGAAACUGCAACAGGCACCACAACUGCUGACACGGCAACAGCCACAACAACUGCAACAGCAGCGGGCUCACCUGCGGUCGCUGGCUGCUCGUGGGCUAACGCCGGCGUCGCGGCGCCGUCGUCGCUCCAUGGGGCGAAGCGCUGGCGGUAUUGGAGGUGUUGCCGGUGGUGUUGUUGCACAGCCCAUCCCACUCUACUCGCCCACUGGUGCCGCAUCGCAAGCAGCACACGCAGGUACCGCACCCCACCACGCACACCACCACAUUCACCACCACCACCACCAGCCACUGCAACAACAGCAGCAACAGCAGCAGCAGCCACAGCCACUGCAAUACCAGCAACUGCAACAACAGCAGCAACUGCAGCAGCAACUGCAGCAGCCACAGCGGCCGUCGCCUGCAGCGCUGCGGCGGCUCGGGUCUGCCAGUCGGCCGGGCAAAGGGCGGCGGGGGUCCCGCACCAAGCCCGCGGGCCGCGUCACCCCGGAGCGCGGUCUCAACAAGGCGCACAAUUUUGAGUGGAUCAAGAAGUGGGUGGCGAGCGUGCAGAACCCUUCGAUUGACGGUUUCUCGUGGGAGGACGAGAACCGCGAUCGAAGCGGGCUGGUUGUUGAGCCGCAGGAGUCAGCAGCAACAGCAGCUGCUGCCGCUGCUGUUUCUCUGCACUCUACCCACUCUCACCACCACCAGCACCACCACGCACCCCAUCAACCGCAUCAGCAUCACCACCAUCAUCACCACCACCAGCACCACCACGCCGCUGUGACAGCAGCUGCCUCCUUGACUAGCGCGGGUGCGGAUGCAAUAACGCGAGCGCUGACAACGGGUACGAGCGGCAGCCCCAAUGGCAGCGGGGAUCAGGACGGUGCUUUGCUGCGGCAGUAUCACGACCUGCGGCAAAUGUGGAUAGCGGUGAUGCAGCGGGUGCGCAGCCAAAUGCCGCGAUUGGUGCACAGCAUCAGUGACCCAAUGGCGGUGAAGGCUGUGCUGCGCGCUUCCGGCAGGCCCAUCGGCGGCGGCGGCAUCAAGACCCCCACACCGCCUUCCGCAGGCAGGUCGCGUGCACGCCCACAGCCCCAACGGCCCGCCACCACUGCCACCACUACUCCGCUUAUCACCGCCGCCGCCGCCGCCGCCACGGCCAGCGCCAUUCCCCUCGUCACCGCUGCGACCGCCGCCGCCACCGCGACCACCACCCCCGCGGCGUUGGCGACGACGACAGCGGCAAGCAACCAGCUCUCGCACCUGUUUGUGCCCCCCGUGCCCACCCAUGGCCCGGGGGUGGUGCGGAUGGUGCACGGCGCAUCGCCAGCUGUCGGUGAUGCCUCUCGGCUGCGCGGGGGCGGUGGCCUGAGUGGCCGUGGCCGUGGCCGUGGCCGUCGUGGUCGCGGUGUUGGGGGUGUUGGGGGUGCUGGUGGUGUUGGUGGUGUUGGCCAGCAUGGCCAUGAGGGUGCGGGUGAACCAUCUCCAAAGCAGCCAAAGCGAUCGCCGCCCGAGUGA